AUGCAACAAGGGGCCAUGUGUGAAACUAUUCUGGAAGAGAAUGCUGAACUUUUCGGCAAACCGCUUGAGGUUCCUCGACCUAUUGGAAACGAAAGCUCCCUGGUCGAAAUCAAGAAAUCAUGUCUACUUCCUAGAAAUGAAGGUAUGCUCCGAAUAUCUUAUGGUUACGGGAAAUUGUUGGAGCUAUACACGGCGCAGCAGUUGACAAUUCCAGCCGACAACCUCGACGCUUCCUCUGGAAUUCUUCGUGUUCUUGCUGGCUACCUGGGGGACACCUUUAUGAGCGGCUUCCCAGCUGCAUCUCCCUAUCUGGUCUUGCUGUGGACCUCUGUCUAUCCAGACAACAAGCCGUUGUUCGGCUUGAGGAUAGGCGAGGUCUCCAUUGUGUUCGGACAAUUGGGAGGGGUAGUUGUGAGGUCUCUACCUUGGCUGUUAAACGGGACUCUGAGCCUGGUGAGAUGGCUACCUGAGCCUAGGUCCAUAUUGAAGCUUGAAGAGAUGGGCGAAGAUGCGCGACCGGAGCGAAGGCAUAUACAACUUGUCCGAGGGGUGUUCGACUCAUUUUUCUGA